ACCUGUACAUACAUGACUUUCGACUGUCAUAUGAAAAUGUCAAGAUAUUGUUCAUAAUUUCCUACAUAGAAUUUCGAGCCGAUAGUUUGAAAAGAAAUUUUAAUAGAUUCUAUAGACAUCGCCCUAUCACACACUAUUAACUCAUUUAGUGUUUUAAUGCCCUUUAUUGGCUUAGAAUAAACAAGAAAAUAAUAACAUGUUCUAAAAGAGAACAAUCGUAAAAUAUUUUAAAUGUCAUAUUAGUUCUAUCAUAGUAAAGAUAAAUAGAAAGAUACCUAAAUGUUGAAGUUUCAAAAUAGAAAAACAGUUAUUAUUUCUAUUUUAUGAAGCUUUAAUUAAUCAUUGAAACAUUUGCACCCUGAAAUAUGUCAGGGAAAAAAUGUAAACACUGCGGUUCAUCGGAGAUAGAGGUAGAUCCCGCACGUGGCGAUGCAGUCUGUACAAGUUGUGGUACUGUACUUGAAGAUAACAUUAUCGUUUCUGAGGUAGAGUUUCAAGAAAAUGCUCAUGGAGGAGCCUCUGCAAUUGGACAGUUUGUAUCUGCGGAUACUAAGGGAGGAGCUACAGGUUUUGGUAGAGCCUUCAAUGCUGGUAUUGGUCAAGAGUCAAAAGAGAUCACAUUGAGGAAAGCUAGAAUUGGUAUCACAGCAUUAUGCCAGCAACUUCGUCUAAACCAACAAUGCAUUGACAUUGCCUGUAAUUUUUACAAAAUGGCCUUAUCCAGACAUUUGACUAUAGGCAGGCCGGUAACACAUACCCAAGCUGCAUGUGUUUACAUGACCUGUAGGACAGAGGGGACCCCUCAUCUGCUAAUUGAUGUAAGUGAUGCUGUACCAUUGUGCUGCUAUCAACUUGGUCGAGCAUAUUUCAAACUGUCACGGGCUCUGUGCAUCAACAUACCUCCUACUGAUCCGUGCUUGUACAUACUUCGGUUCGCAUCGCAGUUGAAAUUCGAAGACAAACAACACGAGGUCAGCAUGACUGCACUCAGACUGGUUCAGCGAAUGAAGAAGGACUCCAUCCACUCGGGGAGAAGACCCUCCGGAAUAUGUGGAGCUGCAUUACUCAUAGCAGCUCGACUGCACGAAUUCUCACGCACCCCGUCCGAUAUCGUCCGUAUAGUCAAAGUUCACGAGUCAACACUCCGCAAACGCAUGUUCGAAUUCGGAGACACCCCAUCCAGCGCCCUGACCCUCGAAGAGUUCAUGACCGUCGACCUAGAGGAGGAACAGGACCCACCGGCGUUCAGGGCGGCGCGGAAACGUGAUAAAGAGAGGCUGCAAAAGCUAAUGGAAGAAGAGGACGGAGAGAAGGAACUGACGGAAUUGCAGAAAGAAAUAGAAGCUCAAAUAGAAAAGGAUAUGUCAAGAAGACGAAAAGUCUGUUCCGCUUCGUAUUCUAGUUCACCGGGACCCGUCUCCCAGGAAAAUAUAGGUUCGGAAGAUGAAGACGCUACAAGGUUCGCUGCUGAAGAAACAUUAGAGAUAAUUGACGAGAUCACAAAGGAUAUAAGACCUAAAAACGAGGGACCUAAGGAAGAAAAUAAACAUGAAAAGAUGAAACUCGAAAAGGGUCUAGGACCGGACUUAGCGGUCAUAGGCCUCGGUCCGUCCGACGAUAAGAACGCAGACAAGUUCGUCAAGCCUGAACCGAAGCAAACGUUCUGCAAGGACCUGCAGAACGCCGACGAACUGGUCAUGAGUCAGAGAGACGAAGAGUACAUCGAUUCGCUGAUCAUGAGCGCCGAUGAGGCUAAGCACAAAACUAAACUGUGGAACAAAGUCAACGCCGGCUAUUUGAAAGAACAGAAAAUCAAGCAAGAGAUUAAAGCAAAAGAAUUAGAAGAGAACAAAGACAAAAAGAAGAAAGUGAGAGGCUCAUACAGAAAGAAGGUCGCCAUUAACGCCGCGACCGCCGGUGAGGCUAUAGAGAAGAUGUUGGCCGAGAAGAAGAUGAGCUCCAAGAUCAAUUACGACAUCCUGAAGAGCCUCGACCAGUCGGGCGCUCCGAUAGCACCGCCCUCUUCGAAACCUGACACGGAAGCUGCCGCCAGCCCCAGAGGUCCACCGACGCCGGCUGCUCCUGGGACGACGGUGGUUCCAGAAUCUCCGAUACCCCGGAAACGGAAGAAGAAGGCGCGACCCGCCCCCCUCACGCCCGCGACCCCCUCCAAGCCGCCCACGCCCGCCACUCCCGCCCCGCCGACACCACAAACUCCUGUACACGAUAUCAUAGACGACGACGAAGACGAUCAAGAUCCAGAACCGGAACCGGAAGCCGAAGAACUAUCGCUCGCCGCCAUUUUACAGAAUGGACAAGAAGAAGAUUAUUAUGAUUAUGAAGAAUAUUAACAUAGGUAUAUUUAUAUAUCUGUGUGUAGCAUUAGUUAAAUUCGAUCUGUUAAUA